AUGGCCGCGAAAGAGGUCUCGCUCCCCAUCGUGGGUUAUGCGAAGCCCGAGGAGAAUGUCCUGGAAUCCAGAGUGUUGAUCAUCAUGACCGGCGGUACGAUUUGCAUGCAACCGUCUCCGGCCGGGUUCGUGCCUGCCAGGGGAUUCCAGGACAAGUGCAUGGCACGGGUACCCUGCUUCAACGAUGGCUCUUCUUCGUUCCACAUGGACGUGGUUACGAAUGCCGCAGGCGAUACCAAGGCCCAUCCCAGUCUGCGCACUCCGAUCACCGCCUAUGGGCGGCAGGUGCGUUAUACCGUCUUCGAAUUCGAAGAGCUCCUAGACAGCAGCUCCAUCGAUGCAAAGGGCUGGUCGCAGAUUGCGCAAACCAUCUUCCACAACUACACGCUCUACGACGGGUUCGUCGUUCUGCACGGCACCGACAGUCUGGCGUAUACCUGUUCGGCGUUGAGUUUCAUGCUUCAGAACCUCGGCAAGCCUGUCGUGCUCACGGGGUCCCAGGCUCCCAUGCUCGAGCUCCAGAAUGACGCGACGGACAAUCUGCUCGGGUCACUCGUCGUGGCGGGUCACUUCAUGAUUCCCGAAGUGUGCUUGUACUUCAAUAACAAACUUUUCCGUGGCAAUCGGACCACCAAGGUGGCGGCGAGCGACUUCGCGGCGUUUGACGCCCCAAAUUGUCCCCCGCUGGCCAUCACGACUUCGAUGCGCACGAAUGUCAACUGGAAUAUGGUGCACAGGCCCACAAGCCUGGAGCACUUCCGGAUCCAAACGAACCUUGACACGACCCAUGUCGCGUGCCUUCGUAUCUUCCCGGGUAUCAAGCCCGAGAUGGUGGAUGCCGUUCUGAAACUGGACGGCCUCCGCGGCCUGAUUUUGGAAACCUUUGGAGCUGGAAACGCCCCGUCCGGUCAGGAUAACGCCAUGAUCAACGUGCUGGCUAGCGCCAUUAACAGAGGCAUUGUGAUUGUCAAUGUAACUCAAUGUCUCACCGGAAGUGUCAGCCCAGUCUAUGCCACCGGCAUGAGCUUAUCCCGGGCAGGCGUUGUUGCUGGCCUCGACAUGACCACCGAGGGUGCACUGACGAAACUAGCCUACCUAUUGGCGCUGCCUGGUGCUACUCCAGAUACUGUCGCGAGGGAAAUGUCCGUCUCACUCCGCGGGGAGCUUACCGAGUCUUCUCUUCCGAUGUUCCGGCACCCCGACGGAGCCCUUCCCGGGCGCGUACAGACCCUGACCGCGAUGGGUUACGCCAUCGCGCAUGGAGAUUUAGAACGGGUCAAGACGAUCAUGAAGACCGAACACCACUGGCUAUUGAAUGACGCCGAUUACUCGGGGAAUACACCAAUCCACCUGGCGGCUACUUCCCCUGCCAUCACGAUUCUCCACUUCCUCCUGUUACAGGGUGGUUCCGUCCACCUUCGCAACCGCAGCGGCCGUACCCCGCUGUUUCUCGCAGCUAAUGCAGGGCUCUCGGAGCACGUGCACCUCCUGCGCAAGUCGGGGGCUCAUCUGCAUUCGGACGAGCGACCGGCAGCAGAAUUACUCGCCCAUCGCCGACCCGGGGUUUGGAGACUGGCGGGCAUUGACCCCGGCGAGAAUAGUCAGGGCGAGCUAGAAGAAGAGAACGAUGGCGGGCGACGGAUGAUGGCCGGGUCAGCACCAUGA